AUGUGAGUGUGUGGGUGUGUACAGAGGUGAUUUCUGCUUUCAGAGCAUUUGUAUUUAUUUUGUGGGGAUGAUCUUGAGGCGAGAAGCUGACAGUAAAUUGAUGUAACCAUAACUGGGUGCCUGCUUCCUGACCUGUGACUCUUAACUUUCUGUGGCCAAACCACACAAAGCCCUGGACCAAUCGUAGAAAAGACGCAACAUCAUCAUGGACACAGACUCUGUCCACUCUGGCCAGUCCCAGCACUCGCGAGGGUCAAACAGACACAGUGAUCAUAGCAAGGACCGGCACAAACCACGCAGUCAUGAUGGCAGCAAUCGCUCUGACAAGAACGUCACCAUCAGCAGCCUGUCCGCCCAAACAGGAGCGACAGAGCAGACCCCAGCGAGCACAGAGCCUCAGGAUGAUAACUGGGCCGAGACCACCACAGCUGUUACCGGUACCUCAGACCACAGUCUCUCUCAGGAGGAGCUGGCCAGUUUUGGGAAGGAGACAGUGGGUAGCGUGCAUAAGCAGAGCUUUGUGCGUUUGCUGCCCCUGGCCUUGACACUGCUCCUUGGACUGGUGGUUCUCAUCACACCAUUAGCCUUUGUGGUGCUGCCACAGCUGCUGUGGGCUGAGCAUGUGCAGUCGUGUGGCACAGCCUGUGAGGGUCUCUUCCUCUCACUGGCCUUUAAGCUGCUGAUCCUAAUGCUGGCUGGCUGGGCCCUGUUCCUGCGUCCACCCCGGUCCACCCUGCCUCGCCUGGCUGUUUACAGAGCAUUACUCGCUGUACUCACGCUGCUGCUCCUGCUCUCCUACUGGCUCUUCUACGGAGUGCGCAUCCUCGACACACAGGAUAAGAAUUAUCAGGGGAUCGUGCAGUUUGCUGUGUCGCUGGUGGAUACUCUGCUGUUUACACACUACCUGGCCGUGGUGCUGUUGGAGGUGCGGCAGCUACAGCCGUGCUUCUCUCUGUGUGUCACACGCUCGACUGAUGGAGAGACACGACACUACAAUCUGGGCCAGCUCAGUAUUCAGAGGGCAGCUCUGGUGGUCCUGGAGAACUACUAUAAGGAUUUCUCAGUACAUAACUCCGCACUGCUCACUGCUGCUAAAACCCGGACAGCCAAGCACCUGGCUGCUCUAAAGGUCUACAAUGUGGAUGGUCCUGGUAGUGAUGGUGCAGCGAGUCAGUCUCGAGCCAAGAUGGCUGCUGCGGCUCGACACAAAGACACCAGCCACAGUGAGCUUUACUAUGAGGAGGCUGACUACGAGAGAAGAGUCCGCAAACGCAGAGCACGGCUGGUGGUGGCAGUAGAAGAGGCAUUCACACACGUGCGGCGGUUGCAGGAGGAGGAAAAAAAGAAGCCACCGGGAGAUGUGAUGGAGGCACGUGAGGCAGCACAGGCCAUUUUCCCCUCAAUGGCACGGGCACUACAGAAGUACCUGCGCACAACACGUCAGCAGCACUGCCACAGCAUGGACAGCAUCCAGAGUCACCUUGCUUUCUGUAUUACCAACAACAUGAGCCCCAAGGCGUUUCUGGAGAGCUACCUGACUCCUGGUCCCACUCUGCAGUAUAAUAGUGAGUGCUGGCAGGCUCUGCAGUGGACGCUGGUCAGCGAGGCUUCAGUCACCAGCCCACUGCGUCAUGGCACCGAGUUCCAGCUCAAAAACAACCACUUCUGCCUGGUGGUCAGCAGCAAGGCCAUCCCUCAGCUCAGAAUCGGCGAGGAGUACGUCCACCCCAAAUCGCACAAGUUCGUGCUGCAAGUGCAGUCAGAGACCUCCGUCUGACCCUCUGCUGUGUCCGUCGCUUUUAUACACAAUAAACUCAGAAACAGUGUUUCUUUUUUCACUUUUUUUUAGAAAUCACGUUUCUCAUAUUGGACAUAUUUUGAUACGCAGCAGUGUGUUUCUUUUUGAAAUGAAAAGUAUUUAUGUACAAGACAGAUACUUGUAUUUGCAAGUGGGAGAGUGUGUUUUAUGUGUGUCGGUAUGUGCGCUGUGCAGUGUUUAAGAAAUAAAGGCUGCUGUUUAUUAAGGGAGGGAUCAAGCAGAAGUGUAAAACCAGAACUGUGAUCAUGAGGAAGUGUUGUCUUACAUGUCAUGUAACUUGCCUGCUAGUCAAACAAAAUACUAAGGAAGGAGGAGGGGCCACAGAAACAUUACCUACAAAAAGUUAAAGGAACUUUUUGAAAUUUUAUUUGAAAUGAUGGAUGGCUUUAAUACCCCAUUUACACAGAAGAUGAGGCACAGUGUCAUCUUAGUGUACAAGGUUUUGCUUUUGUUUUUUUUUUAAAUAAUGCACCGAUUUCGCAUUUGUAAUGUAGUCAUUGUGGCAAAACCACAAACCAUGUAAGAAACACAAGCCCGGAAAUGCUGCCUAAACCUAUGAUAAACCUUUUAAUUUAAGAGGGCUUAAAACCUUUUCACAAAAAGGAUUCGUUAAUAAUUCAAAUGCAGCAGAAUAACUACCUAAGGAACUUUUUUACAGCCCAUAAAAACUCUUUUAUACAUGUAUUUAUAGGAUUAUGAAUUUCUUUUUUUCCCUGUGUCCUUUUUGUGUGGUGAUGAUAUAUGAUCACUGAUAAAUUGACAUGUUUGCGGUUGCCCAUUUGUGAAGAAUAUGGCAGCCAGCAGCAUAUCAUAUCCUGCCGAUUUCUAUAAAAAUGAUUUUUUUUUUCUGUACAAAA